AUGUCCACCUCGAACGGAAAAUUGGGAGAAGACUUUCUCCGCAUUCCGAAGCUCGCUGCCGACGGCGAGAACUGGAUGAUGUACAAGGAACACCUUCAGUGGUCCAUCGAUGCUCGGGGGCUGCUCGGCCAUUUAGAUGGUACCGAGACAAAGCCC